AUCUACAUGGUUUUUUGUGCCAUUGUUCGUUUCGUGCUUGCAGUAAUAGAGAAUUGGCAAAAACAUAACAAGAGUGAAAUAUAUUUGCAUUUUAUUUUCGGGAAAAGCUGAUUUAAAAUUAAAAAAAAGUCUGGAAAACAAAUUUAUAAAAAAACGCGUUUUACAUUACGCAUUUGAAGGCGGCAUGAGAAGGAACAGGAAAUGAGAGCUUUAUUUUGGACAGAAAUUUUUGCUCCAAGCUGACGGUGAGUUAAGAUCUAACGCUCAAAAUGUUCUGUCUACCUUGUCACCAACCCUAACACUACUACAUGAUAAAGACUAAUGGUGCGGCCCGUAGCUUUUCCUCCAUCCUGCUGUCCUGGCUGCCAGAUCUUCUCCCCUUACCUUCCCCUGAGCCGGCGUCUAAUUUCCACCAUGGACAACCUAGAGGAGGACCUGACGUGCUCCGUGUGCUACUCUCUGUUCUCUGACCCCCGAGUCCUGCCGUGCUCACACACCUUUUGUAAGAGCUGCCUGGACAACUUGCUCCAGGUGACAGCCAACUAUUCCAUCUGGCGGCCGCUCCGACUCCCACUAAAAUGCCCCAACUGCCGUGGCGUGGUGGAGCUGCCACCGAUGGGUGUAGAAGCUCUGCCCACCAAUGUGUCACUGCGGGCCAUCAUUGAAAAAUACCAGAGCGACAGCUCGCCACGACACCCCUUCUGUGAGGAGCACCACAGACAACCUCUGAACAUGUACUGCAUCCAGGACCGGCAGCUGAUCUGUGGGCUGUGUCUGACUGUCGGGCAGCACCAGGGCCAUCCCAUAGACGACCUGCAGGCGGCUUUCAUCAGAGAAAAAGAGACGCCAUCUUUACUGCUAGCCAGACUCUCUGAGCAGAGAUGGGCACAGGUGUGUGAGCUGGGGGAGCAACUGGAGCAGGAGAAGGCUCGCUGUGAGGGUCUGGUGAGGCAGGACCGCCAGGAGGUCAAUGAGUAUUUUCAGACGCUGGAGCUGGUGCUGGCCAGGAAGAGACAGGCCUACCUGGAGGCCCUGGAUAAAGCUGCUGCAGAGGUGUCGCGCACCUACGACCCGCUCAUCCUCAAAGUGAAAGAGCUGCAGGAGGAACAGCUGGACCUGGUGUCUGUGGGUUCAUCUGUAGAGGAGGAGGCCUCCCCGCUGGUCUUCCUGGAGCAGGUGCAUCUGUUCAGAGGGAGGGUGGAGGAGUUCAUCAAAAUCCCUCUGCCCUUGGCGAUAAACCUCUCCGUCACCCCGAGAGCAGCAGAGCACCUUCAGCAGAACUGGCCCGCCGUGACUAUCGGGAGCCUCGAGGAAGCUCCCGUCCCGAAGGUGUGCUGCUGCGCCAGAUGUGGCGGCGUGGAGGCCAGCCUGGAAUCUGAAGCUGGUGGGGAUCAGCCCGAGCUCCACGGGCAGAACUUGUGGUGUGAGCUGCAGACGGCUUCUUCUGUGGUGCUGCUGGGGCUGCUGCUGCUGCUGGCGGCGCUGUGGGUUAACCCGGUGGGAGGGGCGUCGCUCGGAUUCUCGCUUCUCUCCCAGUUCAGUCAGUUGGUCCACGGACUGAGCAGUGAACUAAUCACAUCUGUAUGGGACUCGGCGGGAUCGGUGUACACAGUGAUGGAGGCUGCUGUGGAGAGAUGGAGCUCUCAACUCUCCUCUGUGGGCAAUGAGGCCUGCCAGCAACUCACUGCCUUAUUCAAGACUCUGACAUCCCAAUGAAAAACACAGACUCUCACUUGCCAAUCCUGUGUAGUAAUCCAACUGAAAAACCUUUCAAACAUCAGCUUUUCUCCCGACAAAGGCAAUCAGUAAACUCAAAGCAGGGAAAAUUGAUACUACAAAAAUAAUCAUUGAGUAUAUACAUAUUCAUUUAAAUAUAACACAUGACCUUAACCCCAUUUAACGACCUUCAAGAUUCCCCGUUGUCUUAUGCAGACCUGGGGAAAAUCCUGAGUUACGACUCGCCUAUUUCAGAUCAACUUCUUCAAAGUUCAAAGUGUGACCUUUUAAAUCUUUGUAUGGAUUGAAUUGUGUAAGUGUCAGGCUCCUCUUUGGGGUGUGUUUUUCUAGCUAAGGUUCAAACUGCCUCGCUAUUAGGCAUUCAUCAUACCCAACACUAAUCAAACAUUUUUAACAUGAAGCUUGGCAUAAAGGAACGGAAGUAUUGGGACAUCUCAGCAGCUCUCCCGGUGUCAGAACUCCGGACCUCAGUACAGCUGCACAUAUAUCUCCUUACACCAGACGGUUCACAGGGACGGAGCUGUAUCCGGACUGCAGAGCCCGCUGAUUGGGAACACACAGUGGACUUGAGAUCACGAGUGCCUUUAACCAUCACGCUCUUACCUUGCCCCACCUAAUAGCCUUUGUGCUGGAUUGUAAUUUCAUCAGGACCAAUCGCUCCACCCUCUUCUUUGACUAAAGAUAUAUGUAUUGUAUCAAAACUAUUGUAGCCUUUGUUAAAGCUUUACAGGUGCAAUUUUGCAUCAAACAAAUGUUACGGUUUUUUGCUCAGGCAGAUCUGACCAGACCGAUCCUUACUGAAACACCAGGGAGCAUCAGUCAGAUAUCAGUAUGCCAUGCUGCAUUCCUAAAUAUCAUAUUCUCAUGUUUUGUUACUGUAUGUUACAAACAUUUUGGUUCAUGUCAGGUGUUUUCCAAACCUGGACUUUUUCCUUAACUUUUUGGUUAUUGUAUUUUUAAAACAAUAAAAGUUUGAAUUUA